AUGGAGAACAGAGAAUACCGAGAUGCACAGGAGUUUGCGGCCGAUGUCAGACUCAUGUUCUCUAACUGUUACAAAUAUAACCCUCCUGACCAUGAUGUGGUGGCCAUGGCCAGGAAGCUGCAGGACGUAUUUGAGUUUCGUUAUGCUAAGAUGCCUGAUGAGCCUAUUGUAGUGACUCCGCCUGCCUCCUCCACACAACUGCCUCCCUCCGAUUCCAAAUCCUCCUCUGAAUCCUCCAGUGAGAGCAGCAGUGACAGCUCAGACGAAAGUGAGAGUUCUGAUGACUCUGAGGAGGAGCGGGCAAACAGACUGGCGGAGCUUCAGGAGCAGCUUCGAGCUGUACACGAGCAGCUGGCUGCUCUCUCCCAAGGCCCAAUUUCCAAGCCGAAAAAGAAGAAAGAGAAAAAGGAAAAAAAGAAAAAGAAGAAAUCUGAUAAGCGGAAGGUCAAAGAUGAUGAAGAAUGGAGGAGUUCUAAGAAAUCCGCGAAGUCCCUUCCCCCACCUGUACCUGUUAUGUAUGACUCUGAGGAGGAAGAGGAGUGCAAACCAAUGACCUAUGAUGAGAAGCGGCAGCUGAGCCUGGACAUUAACAAACUUCCAGGAGAGAAGUUGGGCCGUGUAGUACAUAUCAUCCAAUCCAGAGAGCCCUCUCUGCGGGAUUCCAACCCUGAAGAAAUAGAGAUUGACUUUGAGACUUUAAAACCUUCCACUCUUCGUGAGCUGGAGAGAUAUGUCAUGUCUUGCUUGAGGAAAAAACCACGGAAGCCCUACACUUCCCCUAACUCGCUGUCUGCUGCACUUAAGAAACCAGUGGGGAAGACAAAGGAGGAGAUUGCCAUGGAGAAGAAGAGAGACCUGGAGAGGAGGCUACAGGAUGUCAGUGGGCAACUGAACUCUGCCAAGAAACCACCCAAGAAAGCCAAUGAGAAAGUGGAAUCAGCCCAGCCGGUGUCGGUCUCUCGUCUCAGUGCUUCCAGCUCCAGUUCGGACUCUGACAGUAGCAGUAGCUCUACAUCCAGCUCCUCAGACACUAGUGACUCUGACUCUGGCUGA